CUGGGUCAUCAGGCAUGGGAUUGUCUGGCUCGACAGCGGGCAUCGGUUCACCAGGUAUGACAGCGGGCACUGGUUCACCAGGCAUCAUCUUAUUCGGCUUGCCAGCGGGCACCGCGUCAUCUGGCAAGGCAUUGGGCACCGAGUCACCAGGCACGACAGUGGGCUCCGAGUCAACUGGCAUGACCGCGGGCACCGAGUCGACUGGUGGAACUGCGGGCACCGAGUCAACUGGCGGAACAGCGGGCACCGAGUCGUCUGGCAAGACUGCGGGCACCGAGUCAACUGGCGGAACAUCGUCUGGCAAGACUGUGGGCACCGAGUCAUCUGGCAAGACUGCGGGCACCGAGUCAACUGGCGGAACAGCGGGCACCGAGUCAACUGGCGGAACAGCGGGCAUCGAGUCAACUGUCGGAACAGCGGGCAUCGAGUCGUCUGGCAAGACUGCGGGUACCGAGUCAACUGGCAGAACAGCGGGCAUCGAGUCGUCUGGCAAGACUGCGGGCACUGAGUCAACUGGCGGAACAGCGGGCACCGAGUCGUCUGGCAUAAUAGGAUCAUCAGGCUGGAUCAGUUCAUCAGGCUGGGCAUCAGGCUGAAUGGAGGCAUCAGGCUGAAUUGUGGGCGCCGAGGCACCAGGC